UACAAGAAAUGGAUAGCGAGAGGGAUAAAUUCGUCAGCGGUUCCAGGAUCUUCAUGGUAUUCGGUGUCGUGGAAAUUCUUUUUGGAAUGUUCCUUGCCGCAUUGACCGCAGUCUUACUAGUGCACAUUCCCUACGGAAACAGCUGGAUCCUGCACACCGUCUCACUGGUGGAGGCGGUGAUGGUGGGGGCGGCCGGGAUCUCCUCGCUGCUGGCCAGUCGCGGGCGUCACGCCCAGGCGUCCUGCUGGUGGUACUUGAUUGUGCACACGGCCGUCGGGUGCGCCACGCUGAUCAUGCUGCUGCUGGACAUGUGCCUGCUGUUCCCCGGCACCCUGCUGGACUUGGUUGCGGCGGCCGAGGGAGAAGAGAAGAACCCGAUGGUCUCGGGACUGUACAUCACCAUCGUCACCCUGCACCUGCUGUCCUUCUGCGCCGUCCUCCUGACCGUGGCCGUGGGGGUCGCCAAUGUAUGGUGCCUGCGACGCGGUGUCUACCAUCCACCCGCGCACUCGACGUAAAGGUGGCGGUGUAUGGACUUCCGGCCGUUACUAAUACGAUAAUGCUGAAGGGAAUCAGUUACUAGCUUAAUGGUUAUUGCCUGUAAAUUUAUGAUUUACCGUACGCGUUGGGUCGAGUGCAGUUGGUGUUACGAAUGAUAAUUAUGUUUUUGUACAUGUACAAGUACAGCUGUAUCCUGUAUAAUAAUGCAUGUGCCGACGAAAACUGUUACGAUUAGUUGUGCCGUAUGGGUUAACCGUUCUAUUUACAGUGUAUCGU